ACGCAUACGCACACAGACACAGACACACUCACACAUACAGAGUGUUGUUGUUUUGUCAUUUCUAAGCUAGCUCGCUUGAAAGAAAGGAGAGAAAACAUCGGUUCGUAUUGGAAUAUGAAGAGACGGAAUGCCGAGAGUGGCAAACUGCGGCGCCCGGUGAAGCGCAGCAAAAUAACUGAUAGCAUUUACGGAAGUACAUUCCUUUACCUGAAGUUUUUUAUGGUUUGGGCUUUAGUUGUAAUGGCUGACUUCAUGUUGGAAUUUCGAUUUGAAUAUCUGUGGCCAUUUUGGUUAUUGCUAAGGAGUGUGUAUGAUUCAUUCAAAUAUCAAGGCCUGGCAUUUUCUGUAUUUUUUGUUUGUAUUGCUAUCACAUCAGAUGUCAUCUGCUAUCUCUUCAUACCUGUUCAGUGGCUUUUCUUUGCUGCUAGCACUUAUGUAUGGGUUCAUUAUGUUUGGCAUACUGAGCGUGGCAUUUGUCUUCCCACGGUGUCUUUAUGGUUAAUAUUUGUUUACAUAGAGGCUUCUGUCAGAUUACGAGAAUUAAAGAGUUUACCUUUCAAUUUAGCCCUUUGUCGACCAUUUGCAGCACACUGCAUAGGAUACCCAGUUGUCACUUUAGGAUUUGGUUUUAAAAGUUACAUUUCAUACAGAAUGAGAUUGCGUAAACAAAAAGAAGUUCAAAAAGCAAAUGAAUUUUAUAUAUUACUUUUACUGAAAGCUUUACCGCCUGAUAUUCAGAAUUCUUAUUCAGAAAAACAGCGAGCUCUUUCUUCUAAAACAGACGAAGAAGUUAUUUCAAACGGAGUUUCCGGAAAGAAAUCUCAUAAAACAGAUAACGAGGACAAAGAUAAAGCGAAACAUUUAACGAAAAACACAGACGACGACGACGAAGAAGAAUAUGAUUUUAUAGAACAGCCUUUAUCAAAAAAAUCUAAUGUAAAUGACUAUGAUGAAAACACAGAAAAUGAUCACCAUACCAAAUCGUACAAAUCUAACACAGUUUCGAAAUCACAAGGUAACAAACUAAACAGUAACAAGGAGAAUAAUUCAAAGAAAGGUAAAAAUUACAAUAAAGACAUUUCUCCGACAUUUAACAACAACAAAGAUGAAGUAAUAAACAGAUUAGAGAAUGAUGUAAAACGCUUGAAAGCAGAUCUUCAGUCUAGUCGUAAUUCCGAACAAGAGUUACGGUCACAAAUUACAAAUAUGUCCCUGUCAGACAAAUCCAUGCGGUCAGAAUUAUAUCAACUACAGCAAGACAAUGAAAAUUUACAGAACAAACUACACAAUCUGGUGACCUGCAGACAACAAGACAAACAGAAUCUCUCUAUCUUGGAGCGUAAACUACAAGAAGAGCGCAAAGGAAAAUGUGUAAUAGAGCAGCAGCUGGCUUCUGAACGGAAGGCUAAAAAAGCCGAAGAGUCUGCGACCAGAGCUGUUUUAUUGGCUGCUGCAAGGGAUGAAUGUUCAGAAAACUGCAAAGCUCGACGAAGAGAUACCGAAAAUGAUCUGAAACAGUUGCGGAGAGAAUUAAAGAUCAGAGAAGAACAGUUUAGACAGGUAGAAAGAGAAGUACAGAAUCUUCGUCAAUACAAAGAAAGCCAGAGUGAGUCAGAAAUUUUAAUGUCAGCACUUGCGGCAAUGCAAGACAAAAAUACACACCUGGAAAACAGCCUGAGCGCAGAAACCCGAUUAAAAUUGGAUUUAUUUUCUGCACUUGGGGAAGCUAAACGGGAAAUUGAAAUUCUGAAAAAUAUUGUACAGAAAAAAGAAUUGGAAAUUACAGACAUAAAAUCCAAAAUGGCAGAAGCGAUGGCACUGCUACCAUCAACCAACACAUUCAACGGUCUUCAUACAUCUACAGAAUCGUCUCCACUCUUCACCAGCAAAUACGCCAAGGAAGAUGUGAUUGUGAAAUCAAACCUGAAUCCUCACGCCAAAGACUAUGCACCGAAAACAACCAUUUGAAAUCUUCAACACUCCUUUGCUUCGGCGGCCUCUCUGCCGCCACAACAACAACAACAACAACAACACACACACGUACACUCACACAUGCAUACUUUUUUUUUUUUUUUUUUAUGUUGCGUAGCUCUUUUGGAAUUGAAGCUUGUCUAUGAAGCUGCAAUUGUUCGCCUGCCUGUCUUCAUGUUGGUUUACCAUCGGUGUGCUUCUCAAAACCUGUGAGAGGAUCCACCCACACCACCCCCCGUUUUGUUGUCGAAUUUUUUUUUUGUUGUUUUCCUUUUGUUUUUGUUUUUUGGGUUUUUUUCUGUUAAUUCCUUAGCAGAGUUCUUGUGGGUUAUUUUCUUUCUUUUUUUUUUGUUUUUUCUUUUUUGUCUUUUGGUGUACCUUUAGGUCUUUGAUGCUCCUUAGAUUUGAUCCAAAUCGGUGCUAUCUAUGUUUGCUUCUUCCUGCCCACCCACCCCAACCCCCAACCUCCAAUCCGCACUACUGUUGUUAGAACUUUCCAUCUUCCCCCUUUAACACACACACACACACUUCUCUAUCUAUCUACUUUAGUGCAAUCCACCAUCUCUGUAUCUGUCUACUCUAAAGCUAUCCACUAUCUCUCACUAUCUACCAUCUGUCCAUCUAGCUAUCUAUCUACUUUAAAGCCAUCCAUCAUCUGUCUAUUUAUCUAUCUAUCUACUUUA